AUGCCCAGAAAAUUUUUGGGCCAGAGAUUGAGCGCUGGAGCCGAUUAUGUGCGGCCUGCAUCCAUGUCAGUUACUAGCCUAGACCUUGAUAGACUACCGGAAAUUCCCUGCUGGGACUUUCCAGAUACGGAUACGGAGGAAUCUGUUUUAGUACUGCCAAACACUAGGCGUCGCAUUUCGGGGGCAUUUGGAGGCACUAUAAAACUGAAAAAGCGACUCAGUUCUGUGCCCGAGCUCUUGCUUCACGAUUUGGACCAGCUGCGUCGUAAAACAGACACUAGCACAGACCGUGGCCCUGAAGACCGCCUGGCGGAUCAGGAAAACCCUACCAGGAAACCAGUCAAUGAAGAGCAAUUACAGAACUCACAGCGCAUAUAUGUCAGACAGCGGCCACCUCUAGUUAGCAAUAGGACCAGGCCGAGGCCUCCAAACCAUAAUAGCAUGGCUCAUGUCUCAUCCCCGCUUUCUGCUCCGCCAAUAGUAAAUCAAAACGUCAGCGUCAAUGCAUUUCCUAUCAUAACAACCGAUCGGAAUUCAAAACAGGUUGGCACACGCCCUUUGCAUAGCCGUCAAAAGUCGGACGGAGAAAUGUUGUUCGAUGAAAUUCUGAAGGCAUACUGCAAUCUACCCGAAAAAAACAAGCCGGCAUCUUCAGCGAUCAGAAGGGAGCUCGAGCAGUCGAUUGGGAGGCAUUUUGACUCGAACGGAUCCCUGAGAGCUUUUAAGAGUAGCAAGAAAAUGUCACAGAACGGGCAUUUUGAUCCCAUAAUUAGAAGCAAAGAAGCUAUGUCACAUCCUCAGAAGGAAGAGUUUAGUACCCCAGUGGGGUCUGCUGUUUUGGAAGAGGCUAUUCCAGGCCCCGAAUAUACCAAUUCUAGCGGCUCUGAUCCGUCAAGCUCGGGAGAGGAGUUUUCUGACCUUGGCAGCAUAAUGGAUAGUUUGAGGUCACCUCAAAGUACAAGGUCCAACGAAGAAGCCGACAUAUACUAUUCUGCCGAUGACCAUAUGUCGAGUCCCAGGAGCAUCAGCCCCCAACAGAACUUGGCGCGUAGGUAUUCCCUGCGACAAAUUCGCUCAAGCAAAGUGAUUCCGCACAAGCUUGCAUUUGAAGACUUUGUGGGUGGAUCUGAAGACGAUGAUGACAAUAUUUCACAAUUACAGGAUGAGCUAGCAGACUUGGAUGUCAUGGAUGUCUCGAGCUCGAUUUAUGAAGAUUAA